UGAGGUUUUGCUUCCUCUAUAUAUGUAUGACCAAUACUUGCAAAGACCAAAUAUAAGACGAAGAAGAAAAUGGGUUCGAAGUCUCCAAAUAUUGCUGCACUUGUGUUGCCACUGCUUCUUAUACUCUUCUCUCUUUCCUCUCAAGCUAGACUCGUCGAAUCUGGUGGGCGCAAACUGGCAGCGUGGGGGUUUGGGGGAGCGCCUAUCAUAGGGACACCAUCUUCAAACUCGUGUGGGGCUUCUCCAGCAGUAUGGUAUCCGAAACCUACGAAACCCCGACCAUGCAGGCGGACUCCAGGAAUUGGCAUCCCUACUUCUCACCAAUCUCCUUGAUACGAUCACUUAUAAUAAUACUUCGCGUUUACCUGUCUCUAUGUCAGAAUUUCGAAGUUAUAUGCAAUAAUCUAGUGUAUGAGGUUUUAUGAUCUGGUUUCUUGUCUAGUGUAACCAGACGACGGUUUGUUGCCUACUAUGAAUCAGUGAGCGAACUAAUAAUGCUUAUUGGAAAUAAUACUUACUAAGAGUAUUUUUUUUUUUU